GUCUGUACUGUCUGGAGAUCGGCAGACUUACCACGUUAUACUCUUCCAUAUCAGUAGGUGGCAGCAGGUAGCUAAUUGCUUUGUAGAUGUUGGAAACAGCGGGAGGCAGCGGGCAGGUAAAAACGUAUUUAAUGCUUACACCAAAAAUAAACAAAAGGCGAGUGCCCCUAAGAAAAGGCAUUGAAGUUUGGGGAAGGCUAUGCAGAACAAAACUAAAACUGAAUUGGCUACAAAGUAAACAAAAACAGAAUGCUGGACGACAGCAAAGACUUACUGUGGAUCAGAGACGGCGUCCACAAAGUACAUCCGAACAUGACAUGACAAUGAACAAUGUCCCUACAAAGAAGGAUAAAGACAACUGAAAUAAUCUUAAUUGCUAAAACAAAGCAGGUUUGGGUAAUAGCGCUCAAGAAGAUAUGAAACUGCUGCAGGAAAAUACCAAAAAAAGAGAAAAAGACACCAAAUUAGGAGCGCAAAACAAGAACUAAAACACUACACACAGGAAAACAGCAACAAACUCAAAAUAAGUCACGGUGUGACGUUAGAGGUGGUGACAGUACACCUACUUUGAGACAAGAGCUACAGUGACGAAUGGUUGGUUAUGGUUUAAAAUAAUUUUUAACAAUUGCGACAACGACUUUUUACUGUCAAUAUUGGCUGCUGACUUUCAUUUUUUAAUGAUUUCUGCUGGUGGUGUGCCUCCGCAUUUUUUUUCAAUGAAACCUCAAAAGAGGUUGAAAAACACUGAUCGAGAGAUCUGCUGCAUCGACUGCUACUGCCUAUUGCUUGGAUUUACAUGACGUCACGUCCGGCUAAUUAAAUAUCCGUGGUGGUCAAGCCAGCGGCUGUUCUCAAUGGGUACUUGGCAUCACUGAGCCUUCCUCGAUUAAAAACACCCUAUGCAUGUGUUGAUUUCGGCUCUACAAAUUGUUCAAAUCGCAGAAAGGAUAAACGUUUUUUCUAAGUUUCUCAAGAGGUAAUCAAAAACGGCGGAAGAAUGCAAGAUCUUACGAAACAACGUCAAAGAAGUACAGUUGAAAGCACAAGUAUGCAAUGAUCAUUUUGUUAAGUUUGUUUGAUAUACGUUUAACUUGUAGCUUUUCCCAUUUGAGUAUUAUCUUGAUAUUAUUUGUGUUUUAUCUUGUUUCUGAGUUUUUAAUGGGGAAAAUUAUCACAAUUUCAGAGGGGUUAAAACAAAAAAAAACAGUUCCCAGUGGCUUAUUUUAUUUUUCAAAGUUUUUUUCAAAAUUUUACUUAUCAUGGAAUAUCCCGAAAAAAGGCUUUAAAGUGCCUGAUUUUCGCUAUCUUUAAAUCCAUCGUCCAUUUUCCUGUGACGUCAUUUAGUGAUGCCAACACGGCGGAUAGCACAGCAAGAUAAAGCGACAUUAGCUCAGAUUCAGACUCGGAUUUCAGCGGCUUAAAUGAUUCAACAGAUUAUGCAUGUAUUGAAACGGAUGGUUGGAGUAUGGAGGCAGAUAGCGAAAACGAAAUUGAAGAAGAAACUGAAGCUAUUGAGCGAAUAGCUAUUGAAGCUAUUCAGCGAUCGCCUUCUAACCCACGAUUGAGUGUUGCAGGGUAUCCAUACAUCUCUGUGCCAUGUCUGUCGUAGCAUCGGUGGUAAAAUGUGCAGACGAGGGACUUUCGGAUCUUUUGACACUGGAACAACUUAAAUCCGUCGAGUGGUAAGUGUUUGUUUGGCAUUAAAUGUGGGUGGAGGGAAAGGCUGGAUGCAAAUAUAGCUACAAAUGUGGCAUAACGAUGCAAAAUGUAUAUACAGCUAGCCUUAAUAGCAUGUUAGCAUCGAUUAGCAUGCCGUGCUAAUCGAUGCACACUCCACGUAAAUCAAUAAUUCGUCCCUGAUCAUGUUGUUACACCCUCCGACAACACAACGACGAGGCAUGAUGUCUCCAAGGUACGGAAAACAGUCGAAAAAACGGAAAAUAACAGAGCUGAUUUGACUCGAUGUUUGUAAUGUGUUUGAGAAAAUGGCGGAUUGACGUGACGUCAUCGCCCCGAGAGCGAAUAAUAGAAAGGCGUUUAAUUCGCCAAAAUUCACCCAUUUAGUGUUCAGAAAUCAGUUAAAAAGAUAUAUGGUCCUUUUUCUGCAACAUCAAGCUAUAUAUUGACGCUUACAUAGUUCUGGUAAUAAUGUUCCCUUUUAAAACACAGUUUUGCUCCAAGUGUUUCGUAAAGCACCAACUCGGCAAGAAAUCAAAUGUGAGCAAAACCUAAAAGAGUUAGGGUUUUACUAAAGGCAAACAUCAUAAUUGAAGCUUUUAGCACAUGCACAAUGUUGUCAUCUAGAGUUGCAUGUAGAUAAAGACGGGGAAAACACGCAUACUCGUGACAACGCAUGUAACAGCAACAAAACAUGGCGGAUUGGAUGUGGAGUUAGAUAAUGAAAUGCAACCUUACCCGGGCAAAACCGAAGCCUAUUUACCUGGAAGAGUCUUGAUACCAAUUUCCAUGACCCAGCCCCACACGAAGAGGUUGUAGACCUUGCUUUUCCAAGAUUCCAUUUCGUUUGUCAUGUACGUCUGGAGCUCCAGAUGGUUUGAUAUAUCUGGAAACUACACCGAAGGAUAAUCAUUGAUAACACUUUACAAAAAUGGCUUCACGGUGGCAGAGGGGUUAGUGCGUCUGCCUCACAAUACGAAGGUCCUGCAGUCUUGGGUUCAAUCCCAGGCUCGGGAUCUUUCUGUGUGGUGUUUGCAUGUUCUCCCCGUGAAUGCGUGGGUUCCCUCCGGGUACUCCGGCUUCCUCCCACCUCCAAAGACAUGCACCUGGGGAUAGGUUGAUUGGCAACACUAAAUUGGCCCUAGUGUGUGAAUGUGAGUGUGAAUGUUGUCUGUCUAUCUGUGUUGGCCCUGCGAUGAGGUGGCGACUUGUCCAGGGUGUACCUUCCGCCCGAUUGUAGCUGAGAUAGGCGCCAGCGCCCCCGCGACCCCAAAAGGGAAUACGCGUUAGAAAAUCUAUGGAAGGAAUACGAUUUAUACUCCUGUGCAACUUAUAUAUGUUUUUUUCCUUCUUUAUUAUGCAUUUUCGGCAGGUGCGACUUAUACUCCAGAGCGACUUAUAAGCGGUAGAAAGAAAGAAAAAAAAAUUGGCACUUUACAAAUCUUUUUUGAUAAAUUAUAGGGAUCUAUUCCAUUGCAUUGUUUGAUUGUUUUGCUUGUAUCUGCUUUUUGCUGGGAGAUCUAGGCCCUUUGCAUAGUCAAAGAGUUUGAGGCUGCACAACAUCCAUCUUGGUUUGGUUGACCUCCACUGGCUUUCAUUUCCUGGAAGAAUUCACAUGAAAAAAUACAAACUAUAUAACGUCUAUAGACGGAGGUAAUGACAUGUGACGUGCCCACAUCAGGACCAUCAUGCAUCAGGACAUCUCGCGCGCCGCUAAUUCUAUUUGAAAAUGCAUGAGCCGUCGUUCACGUGGAUAAAUAUGACAUGAAUAUUUCAGCACGCUUAGUCGCCAAGGCACAGCUGAGAACAUAAAUCAAAAAUGUGUGCGCGUGAGUGUGUUGUGUGGCGUGUAUGAAUGUGUUAUUAAAUCAUUAACGUUGACGGGCGGCGCAAUGCAGGAGGGAAUAUUUGGAUAACUGAAAAGCCAAAACCUGCAGACACUUUGCUCCUCUUCGACACAAGCGGGCAACUCCCAUCGUCGCGAAAACCUUUGGAGGGAACUCGAUAUGAAGCUGUCAGUCAGCAGGUGGGCGCGGCCUAUAUUUGCCAUUACAUUAUGUGGAAAUACUCCUGGUCCUUCUGAAAGACCACAAUCCUCCACAAAAACCACAGGGAUUAUUUUACUGCAAGAACCCUUUUGAUUUUUUUUCUCUAUUUAUGCUUGUUUUUGAAAUAUAUCUGUGACUAAAUGGCCUUACGAUAAAGAAUGUUUAGUGAAGGCGAGCAUGUUCGGCAGCGCACAAUCACGGUGUACUUACAAGCAGACAGUGUGUAGACAGAAAAGGGAGAACGGAUGCACUUUGGCUUAAAAACUAACGAUAAAGCUGAAGUUAUAGCACUGAAACGCCCUCAGGAAGAGGUGCUUUAAGACAUGGCUAGCUAGCUAGCGGCUAAAGUCCAGCCGCAGUCGGCAGUGUUUUAGCUACUUCUAAACCACUAAUCCUCGCCUCCAAGGCGACAAAUAAAGUAAGUUUCUUACAAGUAUCAUCCCUGCAGGACGAGGAAUAGCUAAACAUGUUUAACUAUACACCGUAGCUCACUGGCAUCAAAAUGUAAACAAAUGCCAUGGGUGGAUCUAAAUCUAACAUCCACUGUAAUGAUACCAAGUACAGGAGCGUAUCAAGUCUAUACUACUAUGAUUACGUUGAUAUCUUAAUGGCAUCGCAACAUCUUUUGUUUUAAAAAAAAUUAUAACAUUCAAGAUUCAAGAUUGUUUAUUGUCAUAUGCACAGUUAAACAGACAGUUUGCCGUACAAUGAAAAUCUUACUUUGCUAGUCCACACUUCAACAAGUCACACGGUACUUACCUAAAAUAAAAAAUUAAAAUAAAAAUGUAUAUACAAGGCACAGUAAGUAACAUAACAUCAUUGCACAUUCUGAUUGACAGUCAACAGUAUAAAUAUGGAGGUGACCUUGGGUCACAGCAGCUGUUAAAGUGUCUUUAGUGAUCAAAGGUGAAAAGUGUCUACAGUGAUGGUUCACAGUUCGGGGGUGGUCAAGGUAGCUGUCUUUUGUUCAAAAAAACAAAGUAAAAAUGGGCGCGGGGGAGCUAGCAUUCACAAGUUAGCAUUCACAAGCCUGAUGGCCUGUGGGUAGAAACUGUUUGUCAGUCUGGUAGUCCUGGAUUUCAGGCUCCUGUAUUGUCUGCCUGAUGGUAGGAGGCUGAAGAGACUGUGCUGGGGGUGUGUACUGUCCUUGAUGAUGUUGUGUACUCUCCUGGUGGCCCUGGUAGAGUACAUGUCCACUAGUGAGGGGAAGGCUGCUCCUGAUAUGUACUGAGCAGUUUUAAUCACUCGCUGGAGUGCCUUCCUGUCCUUAGCAGUGCCGUUUCUAUACCAGACCGUGAUUGAGCUGGUAAGGACACUCUCAACCGUACUUCUAUAGAAGUUGCUGAGAGUUUUGGGUGGCAUACCAAAUUUUCUCAGCCUUCUUAGGAAGUACAGUCGCUGCUGGGCUUUCUUUAUGUUUGUUGGGUGAUGUGAUCCCAGGUGAGGUCCUCGCUGAUGUGGUUCCCGAGGAAUUUAAAGGUUUUCACCCUGUCCACCUUUGUCCCACCUAUGUACUAAAGUGUGUACUGUGCACUCCUUCUCCGUGGGUCAAUAAUCAUCUCCUUGGUCUUGUCUGUGUUCAAGGAGAGAUUAUUAUCCUGACACCAGGCCACCAGUUCCGCUACCUCCCUUCUGUACGCUGCCUCAGCUCCCCCAGUGAUAAGUCUGACGACCGUGGUAUCAUCUGCAAACUUGAUGAUACUGGUGUUGUUUUGGGACGCCACAGAGUCAUUGUGUGAACAGGGUGUACAAUAGGGGGCUCAGCACGCAGCCUUGGGGGUCCCUAUGCUUAGAACCUUUGUGCCUGAUGUCUAAUUGCCGAUUCUGACUAACUGGGGCCGGUUUGUGAGAAAGUUCAGGACCCAGUCACAGAGAGUUGGUGUCAGACCAACAGUGAGGAGUUUAGCAGUGAGUUUUUGUGGGAUGACCGUGUUAAAAGCAGAGCUGUAGUCAAUGAAUAAUAGCAUGGCAUAAGUGUCCUGGCCCUCUAAGUGGGUGAAGGUGGUGUGGAUGACGGUGUUGACUGCAUCCUCAGUGGACCGGUUCUGCCGGUAGGCAAACUGUAGAGGGUCAAGUGUGUCUGGGAAGGUCUUCUUGAUGUGUGACAUGACUAUCCUCUCGAAGCACUUUAUCACUAUUGGGGUGAGUGCAACAGGGCGAUAGUCAUUCAGACAGGUAACAUGUUUAACAUGUUUAUAAACUCAGAAAAUAUGUCUCUGGGCACAUGAGGACUUUGGAUAUGACCAAUCUUUGAUCCUGUAACGACUUGGUAUCGGAUUGAUACCCAAAUUUGUGGUAUCAUCCAAAACCAAUGUAAAGUAUCAAACAACAGAAGAAUAAGUCAUUAUUGCAUUUUAACACAAGUGUAGAUGGAACAUGUUAAAAGAGAAAGUAAGCAGAUAUUAACAGUAAAGGAACAAGCAGAUUAAUAAUUAAUUUUCUACCGCUUGUCCUUAAUAACGUUGAUAAAAUAAUAUAAAUGACACAAUACAGUAUGUUAUGUAAUAGUAAUGUAAAUGACACAAUACAGUAUGUUACUGCAUAUGUCAGCAGACUAAAUUAGGAGCCUUUGUUUGCUUACUUACUAAUAAAAUACGAGUUGUCUUGUAUGUUCACGGUUUUAUUUAAGGACACGCUUGCAAAAAGAAACAUAUGUUAAUGUACCCAAAUAUUUUUUGUUAAAAUAAAGCCAAUAAUGGAAUUUUUCUGGUACCUUUUCAUUUAGAAAAGCACCGAAAAGUAUCGAAAUUUGGUACCGGGACAAAAAAGAUGGGAGUUAAUUUUACAACUUUAACAAUGAGUUUAGAGUGCCUUAGUAAGUGGAAUUUUGUACACAGUCAGAGCUGUUCAUGAUAGAGUUUAUUGACCUAAUUAGAUGGUCCCUUUUGUUAUUGUUUUGGCCUUGUAUGACAGCAAGAAUCCAAUGAUUGCUUACAACAAGAAGGAAGGUUGGGGGACCCCAGCGGAGCGCGAUAAUUUGCCACAACAACUUCUGAAAUGUGUGACUUGAUGUGAGAGGUUACUUAAAGUGGAGGACGAAUAUCUAGUGGAGGUCGCCUGUUUCCUGGGGGCUCUGCUCUCUAUCGAUUAAUCGACCUUAAUAUGUCGCUACUGCUGCUGAAGACGAUGCGGUCACGCACACACUCACAGAGUGGCGGUGACACCAAAAAUCAAUUUGCAGUGCAGACGCAGCGCGACUCACGAGUGCCUAUAAAAUAAAUCAACAAAUUAUUUUUGGAAAUAAUGUAUUAGAUAUCUUCUAAGAGUACAUUUUAAGAGGCUCGGAGUCUAAUUCCAAUUAAUAUCAGCGUCAAACUCCAAUAAUCCGAACAAGUAUGAGCUGCUCUUCUGUUUGUCCUGAAGCUGAGUGCUUUAAUAUAUGCAGACGACACAGUUUUCUUCCUUCAUGGUCACUGUGUUGCUGCUGAACUCACUAAAACAAUGUCCUUUGUUACAACUUGGUUGCAGGAGUGCUGUCUGCAGCUAAACCUUUCUAAAACUGUCGGCAUGUAUGUAAUUUAAACAAAAAAAGUAUCAUCUGACCCCGACAUACAUAUUAAUGGAAAAUAAUACAAAUUGUCAGCCAAUAUAGAUAUCUUGGGUUAAAAAUACAUUCAGAGCUUUCCUUUUAAGCCCAUAUUGGAAAAUUGUGUAAAAUAAUCAAGUUCAAUCUCGCAAAUGUUCGUGUAAUUCGAAAUGAUAUGUCAACUAAAGCUGCAAAAUUAUAUUUACCAGCUGGUCUCAGGCUGGUCAGAGUUAAAACAAACCCAUUGGAAAUGCUGUACAAGCAAGCAACUGAUGUUAUGGGUAAAAAACCUAGGCACUAUCAUUGUGCCCUUCUAAAAAAAAAUACAUUACUUUAAAUUGGGACAGUCUUCACAUAUUUGCAGACUCAAAAGUGACCUAUAAUGUACUGCAUGAAUUGGCUCCAGAUUCUGUGGCAGAGUUCAUCAGCAUAAGAAACAGCAGUGAGCGUGUUCCUCGAGGCCCUGUCAGAGGUGACUGUUAUAUUCCUCUGCGCAGGAGCACUUUCAGUAGUCGGGCUGGUCAGUAAGGAGCGCAAAUGUCUGGAACUCCGUACCUGAGGAAGUUACACUGGUCACAACAUACAAGGCCUUUACAAAAAUAAAAAUAUAUUGUGGCUUAUCAAUGCCUGUUUUGAUGCUAAGAUAAAUGUUAUGUUGCGAUGUUGUAUUUUAUUUUUUUAUCAUACAUAUGUAUUGUGGGCAGCACAGUGGGACAGGGUUUGGUGCAUGUGCCUCACAAUACGAGAGUCGUGAGUUGUCCUGGGUUCAAUCCUGGGCUCGGGAUCUUUCUGUGUGGAGUUUGCAUGUCCUCCCCGUGACUGCGUGGGUUCCCUCCGGGUACUCCGGCUACCUCCCACUUCCAAAGACAUGCACCUGGGGAUAGGUUGAUUGGCAACACUAAAUGGUCCCUCGUGUGUGAAUGUGAGUGUGAAUGUUGUCUAUCUGUGUUGGCCCUGCAAUGAGUUGGCGACUUGUCCAGGGUGUACGACGCCUUCCGCCCGAAUGCAGUUAUGAUUGGCUCCAGCGACCCCCGAACGGGACAAACGGUAGGAAAUGGAUGGAUGGAUGGAUUGUGCUUUUUUCUUUUUCUCUCAUUCUUUUACAUUGUAAUUUUACUGACUUUUUUACAUCAUGGUUUACGGAUGAAAAUUAGUCUUCUGGCUCAUUCUGGCUUUUUUUUUUUUACAAUGUGUAGUCAUUAGGGCUGGGCGAUAUAUCGAUAUAUACGAUAUAUCGCGGGUUUGCCUCUGUGCGAUAUAGAAAAUUACUAUAUCGUAAUAUUCGAGUAUACGUUCUCACGCAGGACUUUUAGCUGCGGGCGUACACUUCAGGCUCUCCUCACUCUUUCCUGUGUCUCCUUCAGACAAGCAGGCGCACAUUCUUACAUACGUCACAAACUGUCACGUCAUACACGUCACAUACACGCCCUUGACUAACAGAGAGGUAGCGGCAUGACUAACGUUAGCUGCUAACGUAGCCGUACGAGAGAAAGAUGAUGCGGAUCUGGUAACAAAUGAAGGAAGACUUAAUUCCCGAUAAAAACAGCAGGGUUUCCAUCGUCUGGCGGUGGUUCGGCUUCAAGUGGGAAUAUGUUGAACAGACAACCGUAAUUUGUCAAGUGUGGGGGGGACAAGGCGUUGCUAUAAAAAGUAGCAUUACUGCUAAUAUGUAGCAUCAUUUGUAUAGUCACUCGCUAGAGUAUGAAGAGAAUUUCAUAACUUUAGUAACCUACCACAUAGUGAAGGAUGAAUACUAUUUGAUUUCUUAUUAUGCAGCUCAUUUUUAUUUGAAACUUAAAAUGUCUCUGACAAUCUUGCAAUUUAUGUUUUGGAAAUGACAUGAAUGUUUGUGCCAUUGCUUAAUAACUUUAAUAAAUACACUUUUGGUCAAUUGACUUAGUUGUGAUUUCCCUCUCUGCAUGAAAGUUCAAAAUUAGCAUAUAUUAAUGCAGUAUGAAGAAGAAUGUUUUAAUGUAGACACAUAUAAUCAUCAUACUGCUGUGAUUAUAUGCAUCAAGUGUUCAUUUAAGACCAAUACAAAAUAUCGUAAUGUAUAUCGUCUAUCGCAAUAUGGCCUACAAAUAUUGCGAUAUUAAAAAAAGGCAAUAUUGCCCAGCCCUAGUAGUCGUGUGUUUUUAUGAAAUUGCAAUGUCCCCUUUGAAAUAAACUAAUCUUAAUUAUAGUCUUAAAGUGGCCACAAGAUGGCGGUGUUUCACACCUGAUGUACCUGCGCCGGAUCAUUAAAACUUCCUCUUUUAAUUUACCAGGUAAUGUGUUCUUAUUAAAUCACAAGGCGAAUAAUUCCGAUCAGCUCGGACGGGAAUAUUGAUGAAGUGAUCAUGAUGGUCCGGAUAGUGGAUUUAGGACUUCGAGGAAUAACUCUAUAAAUAAAGGUUGACGUAUCUCUUUAGGAAAAGUGGCAACAACCGCACCGUCCCCAGAAAAGUCUCGCUAAUGAGCAAUCUGAGCAAUUAUUCAAAAUAACAUACACUUUGUCUACGAAUCAGCUUCAUUAUUAACACGCAGAAUAUUGCAGAAGUCAGCGAUGUUGUCACUAUCACGUCAGUCAGACGUCCCUUAAAUUGGCACAUUUGUUAAAGAACUUCAGUACGAAGGAAUAAACUAUUGCCAGUGACUUGAAAUGGAUGAAAAGUUGCCAAUUUGCAUCAUGAUGCAUGCUGGAUGCAGGAUGGCAUGUGCGCUUCUCUGAUCCCAAAGACGAGUGUGUGCGUGUGUGUGUGUGUGCGCGAGCGCGCGGAUCUGUCUGUCACCGGAACUGUGAAUUGAAUCUUGCAAAUUGGAUUGCGUGCGCGCAGGGCUCACGCACACGGAGGGUGGGGAUGCUGCGUUCAAGGACUCAGCCCAAGUGAAUAUUCCUUCCAGAUUCGCUUGAGAUGGACGCACGUCUUCGGACCACCGCGUCUGCACGGAUGAUGCGAGCGAGCGCAGAGGAGACGCGCGCAGUGAGGACGAGCAGCGAGUCUUGCCGUUUUCUAUCUUGCACGGAUACAAAAAAUAAUAAGAAUAAUAACACUGUUUUUUGGGGGGGGUUUUUUGGAAAGUUUUGGGAGCAACACAUGGAGAGGUGCCGGCGCCUCAUUGCAUCGCUGAGUGUGUGUGAGUGAAUGAGGGUGUGUGUGUGCUCAUUAAUUGCGGCUUCAUUAAGAGGAUGUGUGAUGUGAUGUGUGCAUCCAAACAGGGGCGGUUGGAGGCUGGAGGGCAGAGCAUCCAGCAUCCAGCACAAGCAUUCCUGGGGACCACAGGUGUUCCUUUAGUAAACAGUUACUCUAAAUCCCAAAAUGCUGCACGGCGGAUAGGAUUCCCUGUGGGACACCCCUGACCUGAGUGGACCCCUCCUCUCCGCAUCAUUCCUUCUCCAUCCCACACUUCAGUCGUCCUCUGGUUUUUAUACAAUCGCUUCUCCUCCCGACCACCCUACCCUCCAUCUCCUUCUCCUCCCCCCCACAGCACACAUGCAGGCCAAGAAGCGGUACCUGCUCGUGUCUGUGGGUGUCGCUCUUCUUUACCUCGUCUGCCAGUGGGCUCUGCAAAUCGCCGACUUCGAGCAGCAGCAACAGCAGCAUCAGCGGUUUCGGCGCCAGCAGUUGCCCCAGUAUCCCGACUAUUAUCAGCAGUAUCAGACACAAGAGGUGUACCCUCCCGGGCCCCCGCACAGGCAGCCCAGGCACUGGCCCGAGUUGACCCAGCUGCUAGGACCCUACCUGGAGGGAGGGGAACAGGAGGAGGACAGUCCCCAAGUCCACCACCAGCACAGCUCACCCAGAGAACGACGCUCGAUCCAAGACAACCUCUACAAAAACCGGCGCUGCCGCAUGGAAACUUGUUUUGACUUCGCCCGUUGCCAGCCGGACUUCGGAGUCUACAUUUACCCUUCACAAAGGGGGGACGAGAUCUCUGCCACCUACCGCAAGAUCCUCUCUUCCAUCGAGGAGUCACGCUUCCACACCACGGACCCCCGGAAGGCCUGCUUGUUUAUUCUUGCCGUAGACACUUUGGACAGAGACCGUCUGUCGGUUCAGUACGUCCAAAACGUGAGGAUGCGUAUUCAAAACCUUCCGACAUGGAAAGAUGGCAGGAACCACCUUAUAUUUAACCUCUAUUCCGGCACCUGGCCGGACUACACGGAGGAUCUGGGCUUUGAGGUGGGCCAGGCAAUGCUGGCCAAGGCCAGUGCAGACAUGGCCAACUUCCGACCCAACUUUGAUAUUUCCAUCCCCUUGUUCUCCAAAGACCACCCGCUCAAAGCAGGCGUCGCAGAUCCCACGGUGGCCCACAAUGCACCUUCCUCCAGGCGUUACCUGCUGGUUUUUAAAGGGAAGCGCUACUUGACGGGAAUCGGCUCUGAUACAAGGAACGCUUUGUAUCACGUCCACAAUGGGGAAGAUAUUAUCCUGUUGACCACGUGUAAACACGGCAAGGACUGGGAGAAGCACAAGGACUCACGCUGCGAUCGGGACAAUGAAGACUACUCAAAGUUUGACUACCAGGAACUCCUCCACAACUCCACAUUUUGCUUGGUGCCACGAGGCCGACGCCUGGGUUCGUUCCGAUUUCUGGAGGCGCUGCAGGCGGCGUGCGUUCCUGUCAUCCUGAGCAACGGUUGGGAGCUUCCAUUUUCCGAGGUCAUCGACUGGAAGAAAGCUGCCAUCGUGGGUGAUGAGAGGCUGCUGCUGCAGGUUCCAACCAUUACUCGUUCGGUGGGCCGUGACAGGAUCCUGGUUCUACGCCAGCAGACGCAGUUCCUCUGGAACGCCUACUUCUCCUCUGUAGCCAAGAUCGUCUUGACUACUCUGGAAAUAAUCCGCGAUCGUGUGGACUCGUACGUGUCCAGGAACCGUCUGAUGUGGAAUUCGCUGCCCGGUGGUCUCUAUGCACUCCCUCAGUACUCCACUGACCUCACACAAUUCCCCUUUUACUACGCCAGCCUGGGUAAAAGCCCACAGCCGCAGUUUACCGCUGUGAUCCAUACAGUCAGUCCUCUGCAGUCCAACAUGUCUCCUGUGGUGAAGCUCCUCAUCGCUGUAGCUAAGUCCAAGUUCUGUGCACAGAUUGUGGUCUUAUGGAACAGCGACAAGCCUUUACCUCCCAGGAACAAGUGGCCCUCCACCAGCGUGCCUCUCACAGUCCUCAAAGGACACAGCAAGACAAUGAGCAAUCGUUUUUCCCACCACGAUGUCAUCCUCACGGACGCCGUCCUCAGUCUGGACGAAGACUCCGUUCUCUCAACCAAUGAGGUGGAUUUUGCCUUUAUCGUGUGGCAGAGUUUUCCGGAGCGCAUCGUGGGCUACCCUGCCAGGAGUCACUACUGGGACAGCUCCAGGUCCUGCUGGGGCUACACCUCCAAAUGGACCAACGACUACUCAAUGGUGCUGACGGGUGCAGCUUUCUACCACAGGUACUACCACUACCUGUUCAGCCACUACAUCCCCACCAGCCUGCUAACUAUGGUGGACCGCAUGGUCAACUGCGAGGACAUCCUGAUGAACUUCCUAGUUUCGGCGGUGACCAAGCAGGCGCCCAUCAAGGUGACGCAGAAGAAGCAGUACAAGGAGACCAUGAUGACACAGGGCUCCAAGGUGUCCCGCUGGGCCGACCCCGACCACUUUACCCAACGCCAGACGUGCAUGAACGCCUUCAGUCGCUGGCUGGGCUACAUGCCUCUGCUGCACUCGCAGAUGAGACUGGACCCGGUGCUGUUCCGCGACCAGGUGUCCAUCCUGAGGAAGAAGUACAGGGACAUCGAAAGGCUGUGAAUGCGGUGACUGUGUGUGAUCCCGUGACCCUUGGGCGAUGUGAGGCGCGCUCACGCUGCACACUUAGCUGGAGAGAGACUGACAUGGACGCACUUUGCAACAAGACGUGCAUGAACCUUUCCUCCUCAGCUUCACCCGAGAGGUCCGUGUGUGACCCCGAGUCAAAGGUUAAUAUUGUGUUGCGGACGAUACAAUGACGAACUGGACCGUCCUCUUGUGUACUGUUGUAGAUUUCUUGUCUGUAUGAAGCAAAGGAGAGAAUUAAAAUGAAUUUAUGCCAUGAGUCGCCCUGUUGGCU